GUCAGAGUCUCGCUAUGGCCGUCGCUAGCAGGAGGGGGUGCGGGGUUGCGGGAAAUCAUUGAUACUGCGAAGGUGCAUUCUCAACUUUUGGCGGGUGAUACCAUUCCGAGGUUUCGAACAAAAAUACAACAUUCCAACAUUGAGAUUAUAAGAUUCCUAAAUGCAGAAGUCUAGUCGACUAAAAAGAGAAUUAAAGCAAUUAUCGAAAUCACCAUCUCAUGGAAUUUCUUGCUGGACAGUUGGCGAAAAUGUUGAUCAAUUAGAAGCAACUAUCAUAGGACAGGAAGGCACCCCUUAUAAUGGAGGAGUUUUCAAGCUUUCAAUAAUAAUUCCUGAAAGGUAUCCUUUUGAACCUCCUCAAGUCAGAUUCAAAACCUCAAUUUACCACCCAAAUAUUGACACAGCUGGCAGAAUCUGUCUUGAUAAACUGAAUAUGCCCCCAAAGGGAGCCUGGAGGCCAGCACAUAACAUCUCAACAUUACUGAAAUCAAUCCAGGUUUUAAUUGCUGACCCAAAUCCUGAUGAUCCACUCAUGAUAGAAAUUUCAUCAGAAUUCAAAUGCAAUCGACAACUGUUUGAUCAAAAAGCCAAGCAGUGGACUCAGAAAUACGCAACAGAAAAUGACCUGAAAGCUAGCAAGCCCCUUGCUGGUCCACCGGAAUCUCACAAGGCAGAACCAGAGGCUGCUGUCAAAUAUGAUAGAAAGAAGCAAGCUUCAAAGAGGCCAGGUGAAACUACUGACACAUCCUUACUGAACAAAAAAAAUAGAAUUGGUGGCAAACUUUUUGAGCUUUAGCUUUUUGUGACAAAUUACAAUGGUUGAACUUUGUAGUUUCUUUGUCACAUUCACAUUUCAAGUUUCUUGGAAUAUUUAAUUGAUUAGUUCAUAAUAAGCUUUUAUUUAAAAAAGUGAAAUAAGUUGUGCAUCAUCACUGGUCUUAAAAUUUGGGUUUCUGAGGUACAUACAUUUCCUUUUUGUAAGUGAUGUGUGUUUAACUAUAUGAUAUUAUAGUGGGUAACAUAACCCUGUUUAUCCAGCUUAAAAUCCCAAAAACAGCUUUGUGCAAAAUAUCUAUUAAGAUUAAAUACAGAAAGGGUCCCAGAUGAAAGCUUUUUGAAACACAGGAAUCUGCAUUACCUAAUUCUCAUCACUUUGCAUCUAUUUCAAAGAACUGUUGUGAAUAAGAAGGUAAAUAAUAAAGUUUAUGAUUAUUUCAUAAUACAGUAAUUUCAUAUCCUUAUGUAGUUAUUAUUUUCCAAUGUUGUGCAUAUUAUAUGAAAUCAAUUGUACAUAUUUUUGAUACAUAUGUUGGUCUGAAAAAACCAAAAAAUCAUGUUGCCAACUAAAUGUGUUUUUAUAAAUACCAAGGGCAGUACAGAACAUCUUUUCAACAUAGAAAGGCUAUUUGGCCAAAAACGUCCAUGAUGAUGAUGCCUGUUCUUUAUGCAGGCUAACUUUAGUGUGAAGGAGUUACCAAGUUAUGACAUCUUUCACUUUUGAGAAAAACAGACUAUUAAGAUUAACCACUCUUUGUUUGUAUACUCUAUGUAUGCCCCCUCCCCGGGUUCUUUUUAAGGGUGCAGAAAAGUUUGCAAAACGUUUACGAGUAAGUUCAAAUAAUGUUAACAACUACAGACAUUAAACCAAUGAAGACAUACCUAUGUUGAAGUAUGAGCUUGAUGCACUCAAGAGCUAGUUUCAUUUUACAGAUGUAUUUUUGGCUUAUCUACAUAGACAAAAAACUACAUACAUUUGUCGCAAAUUACCUCCAUAUACAUUAAGCAUAUUCACAAGAAUAAUAAAACACGCUGAUCAACUGAAACCAAAAAAAUAUAAGCUACACGUGUCAUUACCGAAAAAAUAUUAUCUCAGAGCUGAAACUUGCAAAAAUCUGCCUACUGUCAACUGACAAUCUUUUCAGCAGUUGUCUGUUGGCAUAAAUAACUAAAAAACGCAUUAAUAAUGUUUUUCAUAAAUUGGCUAGCUGCCUAAACAAUUAUGCCUUUUCGAGAUUAUUACAUUUAUAUUUAUGCAGUGCUUGGGUGCUUGGAUAUCUUCUCUAUGUCCAAAAACCAAUUUGAUAUCGUCACCCAGCAAUUAUUGGGAUAAACCUUGUCAUCUUGAGUCUGUGUGCAUUGGUUGAAAAAUCCUAUUAAAAGAGGACUGGAUGAUCUGUUAAAAUCGAGAAAACAAGGAGUUGAUGUACCGAAAAACAUGGUGCUAUUUGAGCAACUGAAUAUGUAGGAGUACCGUAGGGUCGUUCAUAUAAUAACAUACAUGCCCAGUUGAAAUUCAACCACCGAUUGACUGAAAAAUCGAAUUUCCAACAUUCGGGAAUGAAGCUUGGGACAAAAAGCACCACUGGAAACAAUUCUAUGAAAGGCCAAUUUAUUAACAGCAAGCAUUCACUUUCUCAAAUCUUUUCAAACAGCUUACGAUUGUGUGCAUUUGUUCAUUAUCUUAUUCGAGAUUAAGUCAUUCUCCACGUGUUCCUCAGGUACGAAAAAUUCAAUAGUUUCUAUAUUUAUGUUGUACGGAAACUGAAUUUAUUGAAACGUUCCUAUGUUUCAACUAUUCUCUUUACAAUUGGUGAAAAUAGCUGUAAAAGUAUUUGGUCACGUAAAAGGGCGUUUGAAUUUAACUUAAAAACAUCCGAUGGUCUCAACACGGGCACGAGUGGCCUAUAUAAUGAAAUCCUGACGUAAAAUCUUGUCACUGGCAACGACUAUGAAAGACAAACAAUAUUGAAAGUGUUCUUUUCAACAACCUGUAAGAUUGCAAAGACCGUUGUAAGAACUUUAAAACAAGUUAAACAAAGUUUAAAAUUAUUAAAUAAGAAAGUAAUAGAUACUCACUAAAAACAUAUACUUACAGCUUAAGGUAGGCUCCUGGACAAUCGAAGAUAGUAUAUCGAGGAAAAUGUUACAAAUGCCCCUUGAAUCAUCGGGACCCAUCAGUUGCUCUCUUUCGAAAAAAGGGGAGGGGUCGUAGGUUACUAGUGCUUAGCAGGACGAGAGCUUAUUUCUGGAGGUGGUUCCUGGGGCUACUAGAAAUGUAUGACAACAUAACAACGGCAUAACAUAAUAUAGAUAAAACCAGAUGAUUCUAAAGUCACAAUUUAUAAGUAUUUUCGACAGUGCUGAGUAAAUGCAAAGGAAAAUAUUAUUUUAUCUUAAACGUGUGCGAGACUCGAAAUCCAAAGAAAACUUGCUAUCUUGCAAAAAUGACCAUAAAAAACAAAGUAAGAUUUCGUUAAAGCCACAUUAUCACGAUUCGAUUAAAACCAUUUUACCAGGCUAGAAUGACCGGUAAUGGAAUAGCAUCUAUUUGCAAAAAUACUUACUUUUUGCAUUUGACAUAGAAUGUAUUUGUUUUGAAAUCAAUUUAAGGGGAAAUAAGUGGGCUCUUUUCAGUGUUUACCGACCACCGUCCCAAUCACAAGAUCACUUUUUCGAAAAUCUUGGCAAAGCAGUUGAUCAUUACAGCGAAAAAUAUGACAAAUUUUUAUUACUUGGGGAUUUUAAUACAGUAGAGACAGAUCAACAGAUUCGUACGUUUAUGAAUAGCUAUGACCUCAGAAAUCUGGUAAAGGAGCCAACCUGUUUCAAAACUGACAAUCCACGGUGUAUUGACCUAAUCUUAAGCCUGGUUCCCACUUGGUCGUUUGGGUCGUUUGGGUCGUUGGAAAAUAUCCAAACGACUGAAAAGACACAGUGGAAACGUACCUGCCAACGACCCAAAAUUCCCGAAAGACUCAAACGACAGUUGUCGCAGAGAUAGAAAAAAUUCUAUCUCCGCGACCCAAAAUACCCGGGCAUGAAUGAUUUUUGCAAGUGGAAACCGACAAACGACUCAAACGACUCAAACGACCCACGCUUUAGUAACUUUUUCUUCAAGAAUAGGAUAUUUUCUUGUAACCGCGUGUUUGACUAGAACAAGAACAAGAUAGCUGAAUAUUUCACAGAAAGCUUUACGGAAGAAGUUCAAAAAUACGAGUGCCACUAUAACAAUUACUGGAAAUAGUUUAAAAAUAAAUACAAAAAUAUCAAAUCAUGGCAAGCUAUUGCACUAAAAUUUAGUGAUCUAACAUCGUCGUCUGUACAAAGUCACCAGAGGUAGAAAUAGUUGACUUGGCAACACCAGUUUUUGUUUAUCAAAUGCUAUCAUCGUUCCUUCCACGCAUGCCGCCAAAAUUGAAUGAGCGAUGCAUGGUGCAAGCAAUGAACAGCAUCAACAACAAACGACUCGAAAGACUCAAACGACUAAGUGGAAACCAAUGUGCUCUUUGGGUCGUUCGUGUCUUUCAAGAACGACUCUGACGACUCAAACGACCCAAACGACCAAGUGGGAACCAGGCUUUAGCUUACAACAUACCACCACUUCCGAGACAGGUCGCUCUGACUUUUACAAAAUGUUAGUCACAGUUUGAAAACAACGUACCAAAAAGCUGGACCUAUUGUUAUUAAAGGGCCUCUUCAGCCAAAAAAAAAUUUUUUUUAUUGCCUAAAAAGUUAGCAUCUGGUGCGUGUAUUAUGGCAAGGUUGUUGUGUUUGCAAAGUUUCAAUUAGUUUAGAAGUUAUAAGGCUUUAAAGUUGCACCUUUCCGAGAAAAAAACGACAAAAGCCGAAUCAGUUUUGUGACAUUCUGACGUCACAGUGUGCGGCUCUCGUUCGUCAUGAAUUUUUUAUAUAUCUUCCACCGAAUCGUGAAGGAGUCAUGGUCACGCGUUGAUAACUGCAUCUAAAUCUACAGCAGGUGCUUUUUUAGGAUCGAAAAAUAUUAAAUGUUUACAAUUAUUCUAAGUUUGCGGGUCGGAAUGUGUCCAUGCUGUGUCACGACUUUUUUUUGAUCACCUGUGUAGGCCCACAAAGCUACUGCUUCCUGUUGCAGCUCUUCCCUCGCGUAUAAUUAUUCGAAAUUGACACUUCAGUUGUUUUCCAGAAACGAUGAACAACUAAAGGCUUCAGAAUUGAUAUCUGAAAUGCUCAAACUAAAAGCCGGUGGAACAGAACUGAGAGUACCAAAUAUUGCAUUGUGCAAUUUGCGAAUCGCCGACGUUCGAUUCGGUUUGAGGCGAGACUAACGAAAUACACCCGAAAACUUUUUGUCGGCUAAUUCAAUUCAAAUAUCGAAAUGCAAGAGCUUAUAUCUCACAAACUGUAAAAAAUAUCGAAAAACAAAUAACGAAUUCGUGAUCAGCAGGUUCAAUUCCUUUAGAUUAGCCAAUAAAAUGCAAUUGCAAAUUUUGGCUGGAGAGGCCCUUUAAAAAUAGAAAAUAUAAGAAAUUUUCGGAGCAGACUUUCAAACGAGAACUUAAGGAAGGGUUGGCUAGCAUUAAAACAACUGAUUUAGACUACAGUUCUUUUCAAAAUUGCUUUGAGAAAGUAUUUGAUAAGCAUGCACCGAUGAAGAAAAAAUACGCAAGGGCCAAUGAUGGUAAUACGUGCCGAGAUACACGGCGGCAUGUAGAGUUUUAAUUAUAAUGUUGAUUUUAUAUUUGAUUUAAAGCAGUAGUAAAUAACAUGUCUUGAAUCUCAAUACCUAAUAAGGACAAACGUAUGGAAAAUAACAAUCGACAAGUCUCAGUGAACGUGAUUAUCUAAGUUGAAACUCGUAAGAAGUUAGUUAGUUGGUUGGAGUAGAGUUGAAGUAAUGAUGGUGAUCGGCGAAAAUGUGAAACAGAAUAUUGAUGGAUUUGAUACAAAAUAGUUACACAAAAUGGUGAUAUUUCUCUGAGUCUUCAUCUUACACUUCGUUUAUCAUUAAAUAUUAAGAUAGGGGCACCGCUAGAAAUAGUGGUCCCAACAGAUGGUCCCUUCAUGAAUCGAGUUCUUCGUAAAGCUACUAUGCUGCGUUCUAGGUUGAAAAAUAGAUAUAAUAAAAGCCGCACAUCUGAACAUUGGGAAGCGUUUCUUCAACAGUGUAAUUUGUGUGUCAAAUUAUUCAGAACGGAAAAAAAGAAAUUUCUUUAAAAGUGUGAAUACUUCUGACAUUACUGACAACAAGAAAUCUUGGAAAACUGUAAAACCUGUCCUCUCCGAUAAAAUUCGAUCGAGUUCAAAUAUUACCCUUAUCGAUAAUACUACGAUGAUUUCCAACGAUAAGGAAGUUGCAGAAACCUUGAACGAUUAUUCUAUAUCGAUUACUGACUCAUUAGGUCUGACAGAGAGCAGGGAGGUUACCAUAAGUACAAAUGGUUUAUCAGAUCCUAUAGAAAAGGUUAUAAUGAAAUAUUCAAGACACCCAAGCAUUAGGGAAAUUCGCAGUUUUUGCUCAAAUUAACGGCUACUUUAAAUUUCAGGUUACUUUGGAACAGAUGCACUCUGAAUUUGGGGGGCUUAAUCCUGAAAAGGCAACAACCUUUGUUAAUAUACCCGCGAGAGUGCUGAAAAGUGACAGCUUGGAGUAUGCUAUCUGUGCGCCAAUAUUGAAACCGGUGGCUAUUGUUUUCUGAAAACCUGUGAAAACCGGCACCCAUAUGUUUCCCUCAUGCGAGAUUUGACAGAGUUCCCAGCUUGCUACUUCAUCAUUUAUCUCAAAGUAUCAGCAGCCAUUCGAUGUGAC